UGUGGCUCAAAUCAGUGCAGGACAUAGUGGGAGAAUAAAAUUCUGUUGUUUCUCCAAAAGAGGCUUUGUCUGAGCAAUUGGACUUGGAAAGCUACAGUAAGAUCGCUUGACUACUGGCAGAUCCCUGCAUUGCAGACAAUGUUCCUUGUUUUGCUAUUUUAGGGUGCAGUGGAGCCCAUGCAGAUUGACGUAGAUCCACAAGAAGAUCAGCAAAAUUCACCUGAUAUCAACUAUGUGGUGGAGAACCCCACGCUGGAUUUGGAGCAGUAUGCGUCCAGCUACAGUGGGCUGAUGCGAAUCGAGCGGCUGCAGUUCAUUGCUGAUCACUGCCCACAGCUUCGGGUGGAAGCUCUCAAGAUGGCUCUGUCAUUUGUCCAGAGAACUUUCAAUGUUGAUGUGUAUGAAGAAAUCCACAGAAAGCUGUCUGAAGCCACGAGAGAACUGCAAAAUACACCUGAUGCUGUCCCUGACAGUGGGAUUGAACCCCCUCCUCUUGACACAGCUUGGGUUGAAGCUACACGCAAAAAAGCUCUUCUUAAACUGGAGAAACUCGAUACAGAUCUCAAAAAUUACAAAGGGAACUCCAUCAAGGAGAGUAUCAGGAGAGGCCAUGAUGACUUAGGUGAUCAUUACCUGGACUGUGGAGACCUCAGCAAUGCUCUCAAGUGUUACUCACGAGCCCGUGAUUACUGCACCAGUGCUAAACAUGUUAUCAACAUGUGUCUCAACGUUAUCAAGGUCAGUGUCUACCUCCAGAAUUGGUCUCAUGUUCUGAGCUAUGUAAGCAAGGCUGAGUCUACACCAGAAAUUGCAGAACAAAGAGGAGAAAGAGAUAGCCAGACACAAGCAAUUCUCACCAAACUGAAAUGUGCAGCAGGCUUGGCCGAACUAGCUGCCCGGAAGUACAAACAGGCAGCAAAGUGCUUCUUGUUGGCAUCAUUUGAUCACUGUGAUUUCCCUGAGCUGUUAUCUCCCAGCAAUGUGGCUGUGUAUGGUGGGCUCUGUGCCCUUGCUACAUUUGACCGUCAGGAACUACAACGAAAUGUUAUCUCUAGUAGCUCCUUCAAAUUAUUUUUGGAGCUGGAGCCGCAGGUUCGUGACAUCAUCUUCAAGUUUUAUGAAUCUAAAUACGCUUCCUGCCUGAAGAUGCUGGAUGAGAUGAAGGACAACCUGCUGCUAGAUAUGUACCUCGCACCUCAUGUCAGGACACUUUAUACCCAGAUUCGAAAUCGUGCCCUUAUCCAGUACUUUAGCCCCUAUGUGUCAGCAGACAUGCGCAAGAUGGCCACUGCUUUUAACACCACAGUGGCUGCUCUGGAAGAUGAACUCACUCAGCUGAUCUUGGAGGGACUGAUCAAUGCCAGAAUAGACUCUCACAGUAAGAUUCUGUAUGCUCGAGAUGUAGAUCAGCGCAGCACAACUUUCGAGAAGUCUCUGCUAAUGGGCAAAGAGUUCCAGCGCCGUGCCAAAGCAAUGAUCCUGCGCGCCGCAGUCCUGCGCAACCAGAUACACGUCAAGUCUCCUCCGAGGGAAGGUAGCCAAGGGGAGCUCACUCCAGCUAACAGCCAAUCCAGAAUGAGCACCAACAUGUGAAAAACUUCGUGCACUACCAAAAGAAAUGGUCCCUCAGGACUGUACCCAGUGUCUCACCCACUAACUGCUGAGCUUCACAAACUGUCCCUAUCUCCCUCACUUCUUGCUCGGAUUGAGAGAGUCAGGGUUGGUGGUGGAUAAUAUGAAUGUUCCAGUAACUUCAGUUCUCCUUGGAAAGAAAUUCUAUUUAAAAACAGCAUCCCUGAAAAUGAAUCAUCAUUUCGGUUUUGGUAGAAAACCUUCACUCUCCUUCCACCACUCCAUAAAGAGCUUUCAGGUUAUUCAUACAGAUGCUGAGUUGAGAGUUUUUCAGCUGCUAUUAGUUUUCUUGUUUCAAAGCUGCAAAAAUAGCUAGUUGAAUGAACAGGCAUGAUAUAAGAUGAAUUUUGCUGGCCUGAAAGUACUGCCUUGAUUUUGAGCAAUGCUGAGCUUUCUGUUUUCCAAAUAAACUUAAAAGUGCGUUGCUCUCAAUUAUGGAGCUAAAGUUCUGAUGAGGGAGGAGAUUUACUUUGAGAAGCUCUUGGACAAUAUUCACCUGUACCAGAAAACAUGGCAUUGCUUCCAUGCAUUCAGUCACAGGCCUUUCUUUUUAGGGUUUUAUGUUUACCUGCAGCCAGGUUCUCUCUCUCUCUCUGCUCUCUAUUUUCAAAGAACUGUUUCCUGAUGUGUUUCUCUCUUGUGUGUGACCUGGCUUUGGGGUCCAGUGUUAUCAUAGCAGUAAAUCUCUACUUCAUGCAAAUACUGCUGCUUGCCCAGUCUUAAUGCCAUAGUGUGUGAUGGUUUCCCAACAUGUGCAACAUUGUUUUGGGUAGAAUGGAUAAAUACCAUAAAGCACCACUCAAGUCUUGUGGAAACGCUAAAAAGAGUCAGUGUAGGUGCCCACUCUCCAGGUGCAUUUAUUCUGCUUUUCCUUUUAUAAAGGGGUUAAAGGUGGCAGCCCUGUGUGUGUGUGUGUGUGUGUGGUGUGUGUGUGUGUUCCUGUAUUCAUUAAAGGAGAUAUGCACUGCAUUUUCUGAAGUCACUGCAGCCUUGUAUUCACCUAAUCCGUAAGGCAAGCUGAGAAUUUUGAUCCAACCCUGACUGGUCUGGCAAGUGACUACAGAUGUUACUUUUAAUGUGUUCAUGCUUUUUUUUUUUAGAAAAGGUAAGUUGUUAUAUCUAGUGCAUUAAACAACAGGAUUUAAAAGCUUCCGAGUAUUUUGAGUUUUGUGUUAAAGUGGGUUUUAGGCAUUUUGAUAUCAAGCCAUUGAUUUUUUUGCUAAGCUUCCUGAUCUUUUGUAGGCGAUUGUGUUUUGCUUUCUGAUCUGGUUGGAGAUGUAGCUUGGAUGAACUGUGAAGAAAGUGCAUUUUGAAUGAACAUUUGAACAGCAAAAUUCCUGUAGCAACAGUGGCCUCUCCCUGGCUUUCCAUGCUGUUUAUGACUUAGGUGCUGAAAAUGGAAGCAAUAGUUUCUGUGAGGUCUUUGGUUACAUUUGGCAUGGAAAAAUUCUCCCAUUUUUGAGGGAAGAACUUAGUGUUGAGCAUCAUUGAUACCCAGUUUAGUGAGAAAGGCAAGUUGAGUCCUUGGGUAAAUUGCUGUACAUCUGUAUAAGAAAUGCAGGGAAAGUACUGUUAUGCUUUCUGUUCAUGCUGAAGGAAAGCUUUUCAGUCCUAAAAUGCUACUCAAGCAUUCUUGCUUUCUUCCCCAAAUGAGCCAGUGAUACUAUUUGUAAGGAAAAGAUCUUAAACUCUGCUCUUUAGAAGAUGCAUCCCAGUGAAGUGCACCAUGCCAGGUGGCAGUCUGUGCUUCCACUUUCAGGAUUUUAUUGACCGAUAUCUGUCCCUUGCUGGAGAAUUUCUUCUGCAGGGCUCCUCAGUGGUCAGUGAUGUCUUGAGCUGAUUGGAGUCUCUGUUCUUCCAGACACCAGCAGCAUCACACAUCUCUCAGCAGCCACAAGGGGCCCACAAGGUGGCAAUAGCAGUUUCCAGCUCUGGCUGUGGCCCGGGGCCCUUCUGUAGUGUUGGCAGAGGUGGGAAGUUUUCGUCCCCCCAGACAAAAGUACUUGCAGCCUCUCUGGGAGUGAUCGAGCAUCUUUUAUUGCAUUGGCAUCGUGGAUGCUUUGUGCAGAGUUACUGGUAUAUAACUCUCUCCUUUAGCCUGUGAAAGAAGCUGCUGUUGCUUUAGGAUCUUGUAGAUGGGAGUCAGGACUGUUGAGGCACGUUUCUUCUAGAAAAGUGUAAGACCCCUCCUGAAUUUAGGAGCCUAAAGCCACCUUGAUUGUUCCUGUACACUGGUGAUUCUGUGAUGAGACUGUAUUUGUGAGAGGGAGGUGUGAGCUAAAAUCUCUCUGUGUGGGAAAGAAGAUAAGCCACAUCUCUCACUCAGCCCCAGGUCUCUUGUGCUGGAACCAGCUGUUUCGCCUUUGUGGACUUUGAGCAGGAGAAUGACUGAGCUUUCUGGUUUUUUUGGGAAACUGUAAAUGGGAAGAGGUCAAUUAAACUGUUUGAAAUUCUAGGAUAAUAAAUAUUUAGGUUUUUUACUAGAGGAGAGGGGAAUAGACCAGGAAACUCAGAAUACUUGACAGCUUUAGUAUGUAUGCCUGUGCUAGAGAAGAAGUGGACUUUUUGCACAGGAGGUGGGAGAGGUGUUUUCAAGUUCCCAUCUUU